AUGAACUCCAGCGACAUGCCGCUGGAUAUUGGGACAUAUCUUGCAGGCGUCUUAAUCAGCAUACUGUACGGUGCUGACAUUUGCAUGUACAUAACAUCGCUUCAUCUACUACAGAAGAACCCUCAAGCCGAACGCCUCUGGAUUGGAUUUUACACCUCAUUUGGAGGGAUUCUUCUCCUGAUGUUGACAGUUCAACUUUUUACAACUCAAUAUCUGGCCUGCACACUCUAUUUGAAGGGAACUCGGAACUUGGCAGAAUCUGCAUAUUCAGAUCAAGCCGCGUUAAACUCGUGGUCAGACGUCCUCGAAACCGUGGCAACUAUCAUUGCGAACUGGAUGGGAGACGGUCUCAUGCGUCAGAGAGCUAACUGUGACACAGCAGUUUCAUUCGUCACAUUGGUCGAGAAGGCUUUGACCAGCAAUACUAUUUUGACAGGAGUUGGAAACGUUUUUAAUAUAGCUUGGGCGGCUUCAACCGUUGCGUUCAAUGUUUCCGUCAGCUCUAUGAUAUGCUGGCGUCUUCUCAGCACGUACUGGAUACUACGUGACAGUGUUCCAGGACAUCGCGACGUGCGGAAGAAAUACACGGGAAUGGUGUCUUUGAUCGUUGAAGGGACAAUCCCAUUCGCCAUCUUGGCAGUCAUGUCAUUUAUACUGGAACUUUACGACAACCAGUUGAGUAUUACAAUCAUUGCAAGGGACAUAUGGUGCAGUGUUUGUGUAUUUUCGCAGCAACUUAUAAUCCUUCGAAUUUCUAUGGGUACUGCGUGGACGAGGGACACUGUGAUCGAGCUCACCGAAUCGCAAGUAGGCCGACGAUUUGACGAGGUUUUCGAAGCACAAAUAGCUAAGGAGAACGACGUAUGA